CGACUUCAUCAACUGUGAGGCUAGUCCCCCAACCACACCCCUAACAAUUUGGUGCAUCUGCAAUGUCCAGCAUACGAGCGGCCCUACCAAAAGGUUAUGAGCGCCGAAUGGUAAGACCGGCGUGGCGAAGCGACAGGUGAUGUCGUGGAAUGCGGGGAGAACGCGGGGCUGGGGCUUCAAAGUCUGGGUCGAACUUUGGGGGUUCGCCCAACUUCUAUAAGAGGCCAGCAAACCUUGUGACAGCUUCGUGAUAGCGGAAAUCACCGAGACAAUCCCUCAGGAUGAGAAACGGCGAGCAAUCCUCGCAUAAUUAGCGGACAUCACCUGCAACAACAUGCGUUUCGGACCAAGCUGUAUACUCAAGAUGGCAGAGUACGGCACGGCACGACAUCAAGAACAAGAUUAUGCUCUAGCAGACGUGUUCGAAUCUGCUCCAACCGAUCGGACCCUCGCACCGCCCCGAUGCAUAUGCCAGUGCUACCGCGCAUUACCGUGGACCGAGACUUCGCACAUCAAAAGCUCCAGCGCCUCCACCGAUAGCUUGCCCAAAGCGACCCGGAUACAUCAAAAGUACACCGCCGCCAUACCCAAUCAAAGUCUGCAGCCUCACAUUCGGAUACCCCCACGCGCCGUCUCAUCUGCCUUAUACCACUCAGCAUCCGAGUCGUCUCUCUCCACAUACUCUCCGCUUGAACUGUCGCCCUUGUCGUCGAAAUCGAUUUCCAGGGCAUCGUCAUCCACCACCGUGGCAUCGCUAAGUGCUUGGGACGAAGACAUAGACGACGGCAUUGAUGAGUUGGCUAUGCCGCAUUUUCCCAUCAUAGUGAUCUGGAUAUUCCUGCUGCUCGAGGCUGCGAUGCUGGUUCUGAUAGUAGCCCUUACAUGUAUAUUUGUUGCGGAUGUGGUUGAAGGUUUCUGCACCUAUGGUAGCUUGAAGGUAUGGGAGGUCAAACGGGUUUUGGAUGAGAUUCCGCAAUGCACAUGAAAACCCACUGGCGAGAGGUGGCCAAGAAAAGUAAUUCGAGAAAGAGAUGGCGGCAGUUGAAGACGGAAGAGCCUGCAUUUCGACCAAAGCCGGCAUGAGCGUUUGAUGAGUUGCGUAUCACUAGAGAAAGAUUUUGGUAACUCGCUCAAAGUGGACACAAUGUGUCACCAGGCCUGUGAUGGAAUCCUCCGGGAAGUGAAUUCACCGCAGCGGGUCUUCCGCCUGGUCGAAAAGCAUGCCGCAGUGCAGAAUUUCGCAUUCACAAGAUUUCGAUAAGAGGUUUGACACUUUCUCAC